AGCAUCGCAGCGCGCCGAAUUGACAAGUGCGCCUCCCCCUCCAAACGUUGUUUGACAUACCCAUCGUUACAGGCUUCGCCUCUGGCAGUUUCUUUUUUAAAAGGCAAGCUCAAAGCCACAGAUUAUACAUUUUGCUCACAAGCCCAGUGCGGGUGAAAUAACAUACAGCGAGCGGAGAGCGACAGAGGGAGCCUUUCUUUCUCGUUUGGAGACGAGCAGCUUGCGCGUAAACGGCACCGGGCAUCACUGAAGGAAGAGAUAAGCUGUGUCUGGGUGUUUUAUUUUCUUUUUUUCAAAUAUACAAUAAUUUAUUGCAGCAAGUUUGACGGACAGCGCAGGGAGAACAGAGCGGAGCGGAGUGGAUUGCGCGCAUUGGAUGACAUUUGGGACUUGAGCGCGCAAGGCACCUGUGGAUGCAGCACCCCCUCCCCUGAUGUGUGGACUCAAACCUUCCGCAAAGAAAGGAUUCACCACCAGACUAAGCUGAUAAUUGUUGCGGGGUUUUUUUUUUUCUUCUUCUUCUCAUUCUUCUGCUCGAACACAGCGCAGUUUGAAGACGACAGAGGACGCGCGCCAUGCUCCUGAGCGUUUCCCUCCUGCUGGUCCCCCUGCUGAGCAUCACCGGCUGCGGCUCGUCCUACGUGCCGUGCCAGCCGUGCGAUCAGAAGGCCCUGUCCAUGUGUCCGCCGGUGCCGGUGGGCUGUCAGCUGGUGAAGGAGCCCGGCUGCGGCUGCUGCCUGACGUGCGCGCUCGAAGAGGGCCAGCCGUGCGGCGUGUACACCGGGCCGUGCACGCGCGGGCUCCGCUGCCUGCCCAAAAACGGCGAGGAGAAGCCGCUGCACGCGCUGCUGCACGGCCGCGGGGUGUGCAGGAACGAGAAGUUGUACAAACUGCUGCAUCCGUCAAAAGAUGGAGAAUCUCACGAUGGAGCCAUGUUACCCGUGCCCGAGACAGCGCCGCCCCAAACCAAGGUGCCCCUAAACGGAAGGGACCACAUCAGCAGUCUGAAGGCGAUGGCCAUGAAGGUGGCCAAGGACCGCAAGAAGCAGCUGGCCAAGCUGGGACACACCAGCAACCUGGACUUCUUGCCGCUCAGCCUCGAUAAACUGGAGCCAGAGUUCGGCCCCUGCAGGAGAAGACUGGAUAAUCUCAUUCAGAGCAUGAAGGACACUUCCAGGGUCUUGGCUCUCUCUCUGUACAUCCCCAACUGUGACAAGAAGGGAUUCUUCAAGCGCAAACAGUGUAAGCCGUCCCGUGGUCGGAGGAGGGGGAUCUGCUGGUGUGUCGACCGGUUUGGCGUCAAAGUCCCCGGCGUCAACUACGCCGGAGGAGACCUGCAGUGCAAAGACCUGGACAGCAGCAGCAACAGCAACGAAUGAGAGCGAGCCGGUCGUCGAGCCCUGAUCUUCUUCAAAACCUGCCAAUCAAGCUAGCACACUUUAUGACUGCCAAUCAGGAAAACUAUGGCACAAAUGCAUAUAUAUAUGGUCGGGUGUGAUGGACUGUGUUGUUUCUGUCUUUUAUUUUAAAGGGAAGCUGAACUGAAGAGCUUGCUUGGGUGGAAAUCUGCACAUGUAGGUCUUAACUCUGGCUCCCCACUGACUGUGUACCAUGUUUGAGGUUAGCUAACACCUCACCUCUUUAUAUCCAUAGAUAAUAGAGGAGUAUAUAUAUUUGUAUGAUACUGAUAAUCUGUUGUGUACUUAUAAGUCCAAGAAAUUGAGACAAGACAUUUUUAAUGUGGCUUAAAAUCAAUAUUUUUCGUAUUUUUUCGUCAUGUUAACUAGAUCGUCAUCAAAAAAGGGAGUCAGUUAUCGUCUAAAUUAGCGAUGUUUAGCUAAUUGCUAAUCGCGUUAAUGACGUCCUGAUACAAGCGGCAUUUUUUUAAAUAUAUCAAAUAAUGACUUCUGCCGCUUUAAGGCUACUCUGCUGAGUGGGAAAAGGUGGGCAUUUCAAAUGUUGUGUUAGCAUGCUAGCUAGCAUUGCCUGUUUUAGCACAGAUUCAGAAAAUCAGCAGUUUGGUUUUCCAAAUCAGUAGCUAACAGAAGUCUACACAUUAAAAAUAAUGGUUGGACUUCAGGUGAAAUACGUUUAUUGGCUUCUUUUUGCAGAGAAUUAGAUUAAAUGAUUGGUACCACUCUCAUGUUUGUCCUUUAAAUAAGAAGCAAGACUAUUUAUUGGCUGGGCCCAGUAGGCUAACCCUCCGCUGGUUGCCCUCCACUGAAUUCCCACAAGGCACCUCAAAAUCAACAACAGUACGCCUAAGAUUCAUGUAAGUCGUUUUGCCAGUUCGAGAUGAUUGUUUCCUACAUCUCAGUUAAAGUCAUAAUCACAAUGUGACGAUGUUGACAUCAAUCAGCCAUCCUCUCCGUGCACUUAGCCGUAACUGUAGCUCGUUACUCUGCCACUAUCAAGAUGAGUCUUGUGCGCUUCUGCUCAUCAAACUUGUUUUUGUAUUUUAGGCAUUCAAGCCUGGUUAACGUGAUAUUCAGCAUUUACCACCUCAGACAGACCCAUGGUAUGUUCAUGGGUGUCAUGCCAUUGUCCUGAUGGCCCAUUAUUCUGAAACCCCAAUUGUCUGAAAAAUGUCCCGUUGGACCAAAAACCCAUUUUUUUCCAAACGCCUCGCUCCUCCUCUGACUCUGGUUGGCUCUGAUCCUGACCAUCUAACCAACCAUCCAACCCAAGUUUCUGUCGAGAGAUUUGUGCUUCGAGUCUGUAGACAAAAGACAUCAUUUUAGGAUCCGAAGGGCUCUGGAUUACAUCCAUGUGGAGCGCAAAAAAAGGCAGAGCGCAUUGGCCACAAUAGACAACCACUGAGCUAUUUGUUAGCUUUUUAAAUGUACACGUUUCAUAUGGAAUUGAAGGUUGGGAAGUCGAUUCUGGGGAAAGAUGGUUUUUCCUGGGAAUUAGAAUCAGCAAUCAGUUCUCUUCCUCCAGACCCGCCUUCCCUACCUUUUUAGAAAGUAUUAAAUUAAAAUAAAUUAAGAGUCGUCCAUCUACUCUUAACUCCGACAAUGACUGGCACACAGAAGAGGAAGUCUUGGCCCAGAUAUCCAUGAUCUGCGCUGGAAUCCCCAAAACUCCAGACAGGCCAUCAAACUAUAGCCACUCUUGGGAUAAUCCAAUGGGUUUUACAGUCAAAUGGGACAUUUUUUGGAUUACUUUAAAGAUUUUGAGUUUCAUUCCCAACUCGACAAAGACUGAUGCUUUCCACUUCCCAGCUCGUGACACUUUGGGAUUGUAACUUCCUCUCCAUAGCGUCAGUCUUUGAUGAGCUAGGAACUCUUACAAAGGGGCAGUUCCCACUUUCAUUCGGAUAAAACCUCAUAAACAAACAUACUGUAUUGUACUGUAAAAGGUUAGAUAUUUAACACUUGCCACAUGCCUUUUUCCAGUCCAGACAACUGCGUCCACUGUUUGUAAAUGUAUGUACAGUGUGUGUGUGCAUGCUCCUGUGUAUGUCCGUAUGUGUGUAAUGUACUGUACGUGCCCUUAUAGUUCUCAACUACAAAAAAAAAAGCUCUGGUUUAAAUUCUCACGAGCCCUGUCUACCCAAGCUACUGUCCGACAAAUGCGGCGCUGCGCAUUUCCCUUUCACACACAAAUCGUAUGCAAAGGCCCCGCGCUGUUUAUGCUUCCACGUGUGGGGUCUCCGCAGGCAAAUCUGUUGGCCGAUGGCGACUCGCUCUCAGGGUUCAUCGGGUCCGUCAACCUGCCAAGAGCAAGGUCGCUGAGUUUGUAUGUAAAUUCAAGUGCCUUCCGCCCCGCGCCACUUUGAAUUCUGAUUUGCAUGCGGACCCAUUGUGUUGCCGAAUGAGGGAACGCACAACAGAGGGGAACAAUUUUAGGUGUGGAUGUGGUCGGAUAGACUUUGUUUUUUGUUUUUGUUUUUAAUGUUAGCUUUCAGUCGGCUGCUGACA